GGGGACCUAUAGCUGUGAGCUAUGAUUGCUCCUAAAUGAUAAAAAUCUGUGAUUUCCAUUCUCAUGUCUCCCACAGCUUCAAAGAGCUCAGAGAUUUAAUCACAUGAGAUUUUUGGCAAUGGGUUUUUUAACCAUGGGGUUUUUGCACUUCUCCUGGCUUAGCAGAAAGCCGGAACAUAGUGGCGUUUUGUGUCAGCAGAAAAGUCCCUUUAAAUGUUUUCCUUCCAUUUAAAUCUGUUCUGACCUCCAAUGGGUGGUGAAAUAGUACACUGACAUCACGGUCACAUGACUGUGAUGUCAUUAAGAUCCUUGCCAUGGAUAGGAACAAGCCUAACUACGGAAUAAUAAUAUUGACAAUAGUCAGCUGUGCGCAGUGAUAGAAGGAGGCUACCGGAGAGCUGCGGACGGCCACCAGAGACCAGCACAGAUCCACAGGCAGAUUAGAGAGAGUACUUGCCGAACACAUGGAACCCUGACAGGUAGCAGCUACAGAGAUACACUGCGUACAAAACAAAAUGCCAGCUGCCUAAUAACAACCAAAGAGAGCAACGGGGCCGUCAGCUAGAGCGUCCACUCAUGUUGAUCAUGUAGCUUCAAGUGACACCAGGGCUCUGACAGCAGGAUCAUCUAAGAUCCCACCCACCUUUGGUCUUUCACCGCCUUGGCUCCGUUUGCGGCUUUGGAUUUUCGGGAAUUUGGCACUUCCGGAGUUCAGUGGUUCUGCGUUGUCAAGGGGGACCGAGCUAAUUCGAUAAGUGCUGCACAACUCCUUUAGGCACAGGUCCAGUACAAAUGUGCCCCCAUUAUGGCGAGCCCUAAGGAUGAGCAUAAGUUUCAUCAAACUAAGCAAAUUGACCAAGUCGUCACAUAUUCUCUGAGGAACUGAACAGGAUAACUGUGGAAUACCUCCAUAAGUUAAGAAUGACCCCUACCACCAACAGGGAUCCUGUCUCAAGCCCAGAGAGCAAUGUAGGCCUUGUGUGUUUGCCUCCCAUCUCUGAUGACCUGAAGUUGAUCUGGGCUCAGGUGGAGCUGACCAAUGAACUAGAUGAUCACCAACAGCUACUCCAUACCUUCAGUUACUUUCCUUAUCCUAGACUGCCUGAGAUUGCUUUGCUGUGCCUGCGCUAUGGACUACAAAUGGAAAAGGUCAAGACUUGGUUUAUGAUUCAGCGGAUCCGCUGUGGUAUCAGUUGGUCAUGUGAAGAAAUUGAAGAGACACGUUCACGUCUACUAUACAAUCAGGAUCAGCUGCAUUUUGAACCUUUGCUUGCAUUUGCCAAAAAUUCUAGUAUAUUUAAGACACCUGAAGAGUUAAAAGUUCAGUCUCCAAAGAGCGAAGAAAGGCAAAGCAUGAUAACACCACAAACUUCCCCAUGUUUAGAUCAUUCUGUACCAGAAGCUAAAAGGCUCAAAACAGAGUAUAUGGCUUCAGAGACUGAAUCUAUAAAAGCUACUAUGCACAUGAUUUAUAGCUCUGAUAAGAAAUGGGAUCCAUCAGAAACACCAAGUGUUGUUGGUCAUGGGCAGAUGUUUGGUGUAGAUGGGACAGAAGUUAGCCCAGCUGUUGCAUGUCUCCCAUCUGAGGAAGAGCUUUUGAAAAAAGGGGCAACUUCAUUCUGCAAUCCGGAGGGUCAUUACACAUUACAGGAUCAUGGUCUUCUAGAGCAGAAUAGGGGAUUUUAUACUCCAGUCACAAGGCGUCAGCGGAAAACCAAAGAACAGCUAGAUAUUCUCAAGUCUUUCUUUGUGAAGUGCCAGUGGGCUGCUCGGGAUGACUACAAAAAGCUAGAGGAAAUAACAGGGUUACCAAGAGCAGACAUCAUACAGUGGUUUGGGGAUACUCGUUAUGCACUUAAACAUGGACAACUGAAAUGGUUCCGAGAGUGUGCUCAGGAGCACCCUAGUUGGUUAGAACCUCAACAUCUUAUGUCUCAAAAUGGAAAGCAAGUUGAGUCAAUGCCUGGAGAAACUCCUCCUUUAACACCAGUGAUUGGAGAGCCUCAAGUAGACAACAGAAUUAUCAUCCAGCCCAUAAAGAAUUCAAGGGUAAAUCUUGGGGCAUCACCUGUAACCCUGAUAACAGCAGCAACAUCUGCAUCAAUACCUAAUAAGACCUCAUUAAAAUUCUUGGCAAAAUCACCAGAAGUCAAGGAUGGUAAGCAGGGAGUUUCUUUAGGACCAGUCUUACAAAAUCGGCCUGUUUUGCAGGAUGGUUCAGGUGCAAAGCUUCAGUUUAGAAACACUUCACGUUCUGAACAACAGUUGGCUCCUACAGGUUUACAGACUAUGAAGAAGAAUCCAUCCACCCCCUCUCCUGCUCGGACAUCCAGUCAAAGGGUGAAAUAUAUUGUGUUAGAAAAGUCUAAUGAAGCAGCUGAGGUAGAAAUAUUAGUUGAUGACGAAGAGGAGGAAUAUGUUUUGGAAGUGAUUGAGGGUGAAGAAGAUGAUGAUGUGAUUAUUCAGGACUAAUUGCUCAUUUGUUUGUAAACAAUCCUGACUGCAUACAGUCCCAUGGGUGUUACAUGCUAUACAUUCACCAGCAAGAUUGCCAUCAGUAAUGGCAGUGUGCACUUGCUAUAGAUAAAUGUAGGACUGACUACAGACUAUAAAGAGGUCCUCUAUACUUUAGGAUGCACACUGAGUUUUAAUCUUUUUAAUUUGGGAAACUAAAGACCUUUAUGUGGGAGGAUAUCUGGAUUUUUAUUAUUUAGAACCUCCAUUUUGUUUGGCAUUUGCUAAAUUUUUAGUGAUUAGUAGUAAACUUUAUAAAUUACAGUGAUAUAUAUAUAUAGUCUCUUAAUACCAUUACUUUUCAAGCAGUUUUAGUAGUUGUGGGCUAUGGGGAGUAUUUUAUUCAGAGUUUAAAAAAAUGUAUGAGGCAAAAGAUCUUUUUAGGAGGUAAAAGCAGGGAUCGCAACUGAUGUCUUCCUUUUUUAUACUUCACAAAUUUUGAAUAUGUUUUUAGAGCCAUAUUUAAAAAACAAAACAAAAAUGAGAUUUUAUAGAACAGUUUUUAAAUUCAUAACAUGUUAAUAUUAUUGGCGCAGACUGA